AUGCAUAAUUUUAGCUCCCGGUAGAGCUCAUAAGCGCAUAUUGAGCACGAAGAUUGUAAAUAAAAAUUUGCUGAAAAAGAAGCUAAGGCUGAAACAACACAAACACAAGCAGAACAGCGUGGCCGUGAGCGAGCAAGUUCAGUGUAAAAGUUGCCGUCGCCUGAAAACGUUGUGCACCGGAAAUUGAGCAGCGGAUGUGGUUUGGCCGCCGGUGAACGUUUUAGAGAGAAAAUCUUUGCAUAAUCAAAAAAUAGAAGUUAAUUGAAACCCAAUAGCAAAAAUCAUUGCUUAAACUUAAUAACAGUGAUGAAUGAGUGCUAAUGAUUAGUGCAUUACUAUCUAAUUUGUCAAUAAAAUAAUCUGUAAAUAAUUUCUGUUUAAAACUUUUUGUUGUAGAAUCGGUGCUGCAGCAAUGAAUAUUUUUUUCUUGCUGCACACAACAUAUGAAAAGUGAGUUAAAAGCCAAUGAGAACGCUUUGUGUAUAAACGACAGACUUACGCACUGUGUAACUGGAUGACCGAUUACCGGACUUAAUAGUGGCUUGUUGGUUGACUGAUAGACCGAAAGACAAGCGACAGACAGACUGUCGCUCGGGUGAGUGAGUGUCCGUCGCACUGGCUGGCUGACUGCGAGAGUUAAUAAGCAAAACCAAAACAGCAAAGCAACAAACAACUAAUAAAUAAAUAUAUUGGGCGCUUGUGCUUUUAAUUCAUUGAAAAUUCAGCUGGGUGGCGAUAGCAGCAGCGCCAGCAGCAGGGCAACAACAAAAGGCGAAAACACAUUGCACGCGUUAUCAGCGGCAAGCGAAACAAAAUUAAAAAUCUAAAGCAAAACGAAAAUAAGUAAUAAUACAAUUAAGAAUAACAAGCGCAGCGCUUGUUAGCAGCACCUACUACAUAUAUCAUACAUGUGUGUGUUGGUAUGUGUGCCCAUAAGCCAAUGUUGACAGCAAUAAAGCAAAAUAAAUAAAUAAAUGAAGAAGUGUUAGCGCUAAUGUGUCGAAACAGGAGCAAGUGCUUAAAACAAAACAAAUAAAAUCGGUGUGAAAAUAAACAGUGGAUUCUUUUGCUGAAGAGCAUAAACAGAAAAGUAAGCAAAGCAAAAACCAAUCGUCCAUCAAUAAAUUCAGUUUAAGUUUCCUUAGAUUUUAGUUGCCUUUGUACUUUUAGAAGUGUAAAAAAACUAAAAAUUUUGGUGAUUUCAGCCCUAUGGAUGAUCUGUAAUACAUAAGGAAAUUGUCAUUUAAGUGAUUUAAAUUCGUUGACGUUGUAAUCGAAGCCACCGUAAACUGCAAGCAAUAUUUGGGCGCGCGAAAUCUUUACAAGCAAUAACAACACAAACUUUAACGUUCGCCACCAGAUGUUUUUGAACUUAUUUAACAUGAAAUGAAUCCAUUACUGACGAACUAACUUUCGAUUUGAUGCGUAGCUGGAUAUUUACAUAUAGUUUCUUGAAUGAAUAAAGGUAAUAAUAAUAUAGCCAACAGUUGAGAUCACUAAAUUAAAUAAUGAAGACCAGAAAAAAUAUUGAAAUUAAGAAGUAAACGCUGCUCUACAAAUGACCGCAGCUUAAUAAAGCAAUUUGUUGAGUGAAGCAGCAAUUUCCAAGAAUUAUCCGCUUAGCAGCAGGUGAAAAGGAUAACAGUAAAUCGACUGGAUAACCACACAAUUAUUUCCAGAAUACAAAGCACAACAAGUUGCCAGUGAAGAGCCGAAGCGAGAAACGUCGUGCUUUUUGGGCUGCUCUUUUGGUGUCAGUGAGAAGGCGCAAUUUGAUUAUAACUAGAAAAUCAGGCCAACUUUCGAAGUAAAUACUUGUACAUACAGCACUAGCAGUAUAUAUGCGUAUGCGGUGGCGCGGCAUUGUAAGUGGGCGUACAAUGGAACGUGCCGGAAGCAUCAACUCGGUAGGCGCAGCAAAUUAGGCGCUCACAAAUAUCCAAAACUGCAAGUGCUUAAAGCAACAAAUAAGAUUUUGCACAUUUAGAAGCGUUCGAACCGACAAGAUAAUCAUAUCCAACAGCGGGCUUAUAUAAAAUCGACUAACAUAUCGAGCUAAACAGCAGCAAAAGCGUCGGUGGUAUGUGAUGGAAUGGCUAUUGAGCCGGUUUUGUUGCUGCCAAUGAUUUCCAACACUAGUUUUAUGUUUGAACAGCAACGCCGACAAAAACAACAGCAACAGCAACCACGGGGCACAUAUCCAAUUUAAGAUGACAGACACUUCAGUGACAACGACAACAACAACAACAGCGGCAACAACAACGGAGGUUGGCUUUACGUCAGCUGGUAAUAUAACUGGCUCCCUGCCCAAAAGCAAAGUAGCCGCAGUCGAUGACCCAGCUGUCAGCAUAAAUAAAUCCUUCACAAAUGGCGAUGCUCAUGUGGCGCAAUCGCCACCGCCACUUAUAAUAAAAGCCGACCAACAAUCUCAUCGUAAUAACAACAUUGGUGCGGAGGUUGCGGGCGACACGGACGGCAUGUCAACUAGCUUGACCAGCAAUCGUUACUCGUGCGGCUCAGUUCAGUCACUCACAACAACUGUGGCAGUUACGCGUGGCCGCAUGUUUUCCACGGACAAUGGCGGCACCUCGACCACCAGCACAAAUAACUCGAUUUCCGCUUGCGACAUGACGACGUUAGUGCAUUCGACCGGCAGUAGCGCGGUCAAUACGGCGCUCAAUUCACCAAUUAACUGCAGCAGUCCGACAGCAAAUGCGACUCCCAUGGCGGCAAUUACGUGCAGCAACGGCGGGAAGGUGAUACGUCGCGAAGCUACACAGCAAGAGGUUGACGAAGUGGCGCGUUUAUUCGAGGAAAAGCCGGAAUCUUUCGAGAAAUGGCUGAUGGAGCGUGCGCCUCCCGAGGCUUUGUCGCGCUUGCAUGAGUUUAUCGAGUCACGAAAACCACCGAAGCGGCCAUCGGUGACGUCUGAUCUCUUUCAGCAGUGGAUGGCGGCAUCGCCGGUACAGAAACCUCAGUCCCGCUCACUGUCCACAUCCUCCGGCCAUUCUGUAUUUGAUAGUCGACGUCACCUAAUGGAAUUGGAUGAAGGUGAACUAUUCAUGGAGCUUAUUCGUGAUGUCGCCAAUGAAUUGGAUAUUGAUGUGUUGUGCCAUAAAAUCCUCGUCAAUGUAGGACUGCUUACUCAUGCGGAUCGUGGCUCAUUGUUCCUAGCCAAGGGGCCACCGAACAAUAAAUACCUGGUUGCAAAGCUCUUCGAUGUGACACAAAAGACAGCGCUCAAGGAUGCUGUUAAGAAGGCUAAGUUGGAGGAGAUACGAAUACCUUUCGGUGUGGGUAUUGCCGGCAUGGUGGCGCAAACAAAAGAGAUGAUCAACAUAAAGGAAGCAUACAAGGAUGCACGUUUUAAUUGUGAGAUUGAUUUAAAGACUGGCUACAAAACAAAUGCAAUAUUAUCGAUGCCAAUAUGCAAUUACGAAGGAGACGUCAUAGGUGUGGCACAGAUUAUCAACAAAACCAAUGGUUCCAUGGAAUUUGAUGAGCAUGACGUCGAAAUUUUCCGUCGUUACCUAACUUUCUGCGGCAUUGGCAUACAAAACGCACAACUCUUCGAAAUGUCCGUCCAGGAAUAUCGACGCAACCAAAUACUCUUAAGUUUGGCGCGAAAUAUAUUUGAGGAGCAAAAUAAUUUGGAAUGCUUAGUGACAAAAAUUAUGACAGAAGCGCGAGAGCUGCUUAAAUGUGAGAGAUGUGCCGUGUUUUUGCUGGAUUUGGACUGUUGUGAGGCGAGUCAUUUGGAGAAAAUUAUUGAGAAACCAAAUCAACUACAGACUCGACUUAACCGCGCCAUCAAGGAUGUGGAUGAUAAGGAAAGAGAUGACAAACAAAUGUCCCGCACGCGCUUCACAGUUCUUUUCGAGCUGGGCGCCUCCAACCAGUCGGCCAAUAUUUCCCGCCCCUCUGUCAAUGAUCUGUGCAACUCCACUUUAGCGCAAAUUGCACAAUUUGUGUCAACCACCGGGCAGACGGUGAAUAUCAGUGAUGUACAUGAAUGGGUGCGAGAGCAUAAUCAAAUACGGACAGAGAAUGAGAUUGACGCGACAAAGGCGAUCUUGUGUAUGCCGAUAGCGAAUGCGCAGAAGACGGUGAUUGGUGUGGCGCAAUUGAUUAAUAAGAGCACGGGUUUGCCCUUCACUGACUCAGAUGUCUCAAUUUUUGAGGCGUUUGCCAUUUUUUGUGGUCUGGGCAUACAUAACACGCAAAUGUACGAGAAUGCUUGCAAAUUAAUGGCGAAACAAAAGGUAGCUUUAGAGUGUUUGUCUUAUCACGCGACCGCUAGCGCGGAGCAAACCCAGAAGCUGGUCAACGAUAAAAUAGAAUCGGCCGAAAAAUAUGAUUUAUAUAGUUUUAAGUUUAUUGACUUUAAUCUCUGUGAUGAUGACACUUGCCGAGCGGUCUUGUGCAUGUUUGUGCAAUGUAAUCUAGUCUCGAAGUUCCAAAUACCCUAUGAAGUUCUUUGUCGUUGGGUGCUGAGUGUGCGCAAAAAUUACCGCCCCGUGAAGUAUCACAAUUGGCGUCAUGCCCUCAAUGUGGCCCAAACAAUGUUUGCAAUGCUAAAAACUGGUAAAAUGGAACGUUUCAUGACUGACUUAGAGAUUCUUGGUCUUUUGGUGGCCUGCUUAUGUCAUGAUUUGGAUCAUCGUGGUACAAAUAACGCAUUCCAAACAAAAACCGAGUCACCACUGGCAAUAUUAUACACGACUAGCACAAUGGAGCAUCAUCACUUUGAUCAGUGUGUAAUGAUUUUGAAUUCGGAGGGAAAUAAUAUAUUUCAGGCUCUGUCACCCGAGGAUUACCGUUCUGUUAUGAGUACCGUGGAAAAUGCCAUACUUUCAACCGAUCUGGCAAUGUAUUUCAAAAAGCGCAAUGCCUUUCUGGAGCUCGUCGAAAACGGAGAAUUCGAUUGGCAAAGUGAGGAGAAGAAACAGUUACUCUGCGGCAUGAUGAUGACCGCCUGCGAUGUGAGCGCCAUAGCAAAGCCUUGGGAGGUACAACAUCGUUUGGCCAAGCUGGUAGCGGAUGAGUUCUUUGAUCAAGGUGACCUUGAGAAAUUGCAAUUAAAUACACAACCAAUCGCCAUGAUGGACCGCGAACGCAAGGACGAGUUGCCUAAAAUGCAAGUGGGUUUCAUAGACGUGAUAUGUUUACCGCUCUAUCGUGUGCUUUGCGACACUUUUCCCUGGAUAACUCCACUGUAUGAGGGUACCCUAGAGAACAGACGCAACUGGCAAGAUUUGGCCGAAAAAGUGGAAAUGGGUCUCACUUGGAUAGAUCACGAUACUAUCGAUAAACCAGUGGAAGAAUUUGCCGGCUGUGCCGACGAGGAAAUAAAAGAUAUUGAAUUCACCGUAACCACAUUGAAUUGUCAUCCGCAUCAGCAGCAUGGCGACGACACUUCCACACCAGAGCAUCAUCGUGGUAGCACACGACUAAGCAUCAAAAAGACGGGCGCUCUAGGCAAGGCGGUGCGUUCGAAAUUGACAAAAACGCUGUACAACAGCAUGGAUGGCGUGAAACAGAAAUCGUCAUUUAAGCUGCUCGAUUCACAUGUAAGUGAGGAUUUAGAUGAUAAAAGCCCAACAAGUCCCUCGCAGCCAAUGGUGGCAGGUCCCGGUCACAUUUCCGCUUCGUCAUCCACAUCUUCGGCAGGCACUUUCAGCACGACCGACAAGUCAAAAAAACGCUCCAAGCUGUGCUCGCUGUUGUGACGAAAACCAUCCAAUUAGAAUUUGAUGACCUCCGCCGAUAAGCAUAGUGGCGGCGGAGGGUCGACCGAUGUCUAAUUGGAGUUAAAACCUAAAUAUGUAAAAUAGAUAUAGGGGUAAGGGAGCAACACAUUUGUGCAUAAAAAGAAAGGGUUAAUGCAAGAAUAUUCAAUGUGAGAGAAAGAUAACUAAAAAUCUAACCAAAAAUCAAAAUUUUUUAGCAAUUAAAAUAUAAUAUUUACAAAGCUGCAACAAAAAUCAAAAUGAAGUCCAAAGAUAUACUAUUAGAUCAACUUAAAGUCGUAAAAUAUUUAUGUUGCAAGUACAUGAAUUGUGCAUAUGUACGCACAUACAAUUAUACAAUUUUGAAGUGGAUAAUAUGAUAGGCCAUUAAGAAAUUAAACAGGGCAAUUACGAAUAUUAGAGUAUUAUCAGAGAACGUAAAUGAAUAGGGAAGGCGGAAAUGUUAAGCGAAAUGUUUUUGUGUACUAAUUUGUAGUUCCAUAUGAGGGAAAAUAGAAUGCUGUAAAUCGUUGCGUCCCUUGAUAGGAUGGUGAAAUUUUUUUUUCGAACUUGCGCGUUUUCGAUGUUCCCUCAUCGUAAUUAACAUAUUAGUACAGCUACUAUUUGAGCCUUCUCUAUUCAUUAACAUUCUCUGUCAACACCCUCGUGUUUUUAGAACCAUUAUUGUUCAAGAGCAGAAAGUUUGUUUGAAAAUUUUCUUUAACCCAGAACCCAAACCACAACAUAAUUUACUACCAAAAACUAAUACAAAGGACAUACCUUUAUGCACUUAGAUAUGUACGCAAAACAUGUGACUUUACUAGAACUCAAUUUUUCAAUAAGUGUUAGCAGUGAUUACGCUUUAUGUAGAGAGAACACAUAGACAUUUGUGUGUAUUAAUGUAUUUUUUUAUUUAACGGUAAGCUAGUCAAAUUUUCACUAAGCAAAAACAUUUAGAUAUGAAAGCAGUUUUGCUUAAGUGUGAGUCUUUAUUCUAGUCGUAUCAUAUACUAACUACACUACUUUGAAUUAAAUUCAUAUUAACUGUACAAGCUUUAGAUAUAAUAGAGAGUUAAUUAGGCAAUAUGCACUUUACACAGAAACGAAAGCGAGCACUGGUAGCGAUUCAUUAGCGAAGCAUUACUUUAUGAAACUUUGAAUGUAGAUUAUACUCGCUGUGGCUGAAGUAUAAGCACACCUUCGUGCUUCAAAACGCAACUGGCUGCACAUGCGCAACUACUUCGUUAGCAAUACACACUCUUCGAUGAUAUUUAUGCAAUCUCAAAUAUAAAUAAAUAAAUAAUAUGUAUGUAAAUUUGCAUGUUACCUUUAUUGUUAUGAAUUAGUGAAAUAUGGCAACACCUUUGUGUAAAAAUUAUUUUGGAUAUUAAUUAUAUGUACGUGUAAUGUGUGCACAAUAAACACGAAAAAAUAAAAACUUAAUUUUACAAUUUCAAACAACACAAAAAAUUUAAAUAAUAUACUAUUUGAGUGAGUUUCCAAAAUGAAAAAAGGUAACCGUUAACGUAACCGCAGAGCAUUUUAAAGCCCAUAAAACUAAUGUAGCGCUUUAACGAUAAAAAUAGAAUGAAGAUGAAAGUUUUCAAAACUUGGUAUGAAGUUUUGGCAUAAAAAAAAUACAAACAAAAGGAAUCCUCAUUUACUAAAUGUGCAUGUCAAUUCCUAAUUUAAGUAAUGCAUAAAUGUAAAACAAAGUUAGGUAGCACAUGCAAUGGCAAAAUCAAAAUCAAAAUGAAAUCUAUGAAUACUGCAAAACUAAGUGUAAUGAAAAGUUUUACUUUAGAACAAAUAAAAAAGUAUAAGUAUUGCUAUGAAGCAAGUCCGUUUAAAAAGUCUUAUUAUAUCUUAUAAUAAAUAAUUAUUGGCUACUGGAAGGAGAUGGCUUUGUAAGAAGAGAUAGAAAGAUAGAAUAAAGAACUUUGAUUGUAAAGCAGUUUGGCAUAACCUUA